AGCCCAUUUCUGUGAUCUUCUCAUCUGUACUGUUCGUCUCUCCUACUCGAUCCUUCAUCGCUUUCUUCCUCUGCGAUUCUCCUCUCUCCUGUCGUUCUCGUCGAGCUCUGAUCUGCAUCUUCUCCCCCUUCUGCCAUUGCUCAGCUCAACUGAAAGAGAAAUAAAGCGUAGAGAAGAGGUUUACCAUUGCUUUUCCUCCAUGGCUCAUACGGAGGAUUACAUGAGGAGACAGAUUGCAGCAAUCCUGCAACUUAGGAGCCUAACUAAAUGCAUUAAAGAAGACAGGGUUCCUUGCCAAAUCGAAGAGGGUCUCUUCUUGGGAUCUGUCGGAGCUGCGAAUAAUAAGGACGAAGUCAAACGGCUCAAUAUCACGCACAUACUGGUCGUGGCUAAAUCAAUUGGGCCUGCCUACCCGACUGAAUUUGUUUAUAAAGUUAUUGAAGUUACGGACAAAGAAGACGUUAAUAUAAGACAACAUUUUGAUGAGUGUUGUGAAUUUAUCAAUGAGGCCAAGAGUCAGGGAGGUGGCGUGCUGGUACAUUGCUUUAUGGGGAGAUCCCGGAGUGUUAGUGUCGUUGUUGCUUAUCUGAUGAAGAAGCACGGGAUGAGCCUUUCUCAAGCUAUGGAACACGUGAAGAGCAAGAGGCCACAAGCAUCUCCUAAUUCUGGUUUCCUAUCACAGCUUCAGGAGUAUGAGAAAUCCCUUGGCACCGCUUGAUCACUAUAACUGGGUAGAAUCACAGACGAAGAUAAGAAGCAAACAGGGCAGUCGAAAACAAGAUUCUGCAUCAUUUCAUUUGCAAAGCAGGUCUUUAUUUGUGAAUAUAUCACCACAGAUUCAGGAAGAUAUUGCUGGACUCAGGAUUCUGAUAUGUAAGCUGGGGACAGUUAUUCUAUAUCGGAAUAUGUAAAUCUAGAUAGAUGAUUUAAUAAAGGGACGAUGUUUCCGAACUUCAUAAUUUUUCUAGCUGUAUGAUAUACUAAUUUCUGCAAUACAUUUGUGCUCCAAGUCGAUAUAUUUAUA